AUUAGUGCACGUUCGCGGUCCAACGCAGCAGCAACUCGUUGAUGUACAAAGUCAGUUGGCCAAAUACCACUCGCAUUCGGUAUACCCCACAUUCAUAGUCGCAUCGCUCAUCCAAACGGAACAGACAGCAGAAACCGGCAGCGGAAUAAUAUUAAAAUGGAGGACGAUGAGAAAAUGGACAUUAUGCGCAAGGCAUUCCAGAUGUUUGACACCCAGAAGACGGGCUUCAUCGAAACGCUGCGACUGAAGACCAUCCUGAAUAGCAUGGGCCAGAUGUUCGAGGAGAGCGAACUGCAGGAUCUGGUCGAUGAGAACGAUCCGGAGGAUACGGGCAAGGUGAACUUCGACGGCUUCUGCAACAUUGCGGCCCAUUUCCUCGAGGAGGAGGACGCCGAGGCCAUACAGAAGGAGCUGAAAGAGGCAUUUCGCUUGUACGAUCGCGAGGGUAACGGUUACAUAACCACAUCCACACUCAAAGAGAUUCUAGCCGCCCUCGACGACAAGCUAUCAUCCAGCGAUCUCGAUGGCAUCAUUGCCGAAAUUGAUACCGACGGCUCGGGAACUGUUGAUUUUGAUGAGUUCAUGGAAAUGAUGACGGGCGACUAGACCUUCCAUUGCAUUCUGCCCCAUUCAAGAGAAAGACAACGAAAUGUCAAGUUUAAAAGCUGCUUUCUUCUUCGUCUAUUUUGCUGAGAAUAGCUUUUUAUUAUUU